CACUCACUCACUCACUGCUGUCAGCCCUCAGCUGUUGGCGAAGUAAUCUUACUAAAAAUACUAUGAAAUCAAUGAAUUUCAAUCAGUCGCGUUUCAUUUACGGCUUAGAACGGUACGAAAUUUAGUGAAUAGUAUAAGAAAAUAGUUUAAGCAAAAGUUGAAAACAUUUUUGUACGAAAAUGUUUCGACAACUUUUGUGCGGCGCGUACUUAACGCUCUUGAUCGCGGAACUAACGCUGGUGAAAAUAGCGGUGGCCACCACAGCACUGCCAACCACAGAGUAUGCAGCUGCAACAACAAAAGCGAUACACAUAACAGCGACGACAAUUGCUAGCGGGGAAUUGCAAGUUGAACUUACAACCGAGUCAGCAACAAAUCCCAACAUUGCCACAAGCCAAUCCAACGCUGACAGCAAUACCACAAGCGCUGGCAGCACUAACAUACCAAAUGCGCCUACACCAACCACUGUCCCACCAGACGACCUAUCCACCGACAUCUAUUGCACGCCGUCACUCUGUGAGCUCUACAAUGGCAGUCAUGUGUUGCAAGUGCCGCAUAUCGGUUGCCACAACGACGGCUCGUUUGCGCCCGCUUGUGGCGCUCAACCGCAUUUGUUGUAUAUGGGCCAACGGCGGCGUCAGUUUAUUUUGGAUAUGCAUAAUCUCGCCCGUGAGCGCAUUGCCUCCGGUCAGCUGGAGGGUUAUCGCGCCGCCGCACACAUGCCAAUGCUCAAGUGGGACGAUGAACUUGAGUAUAUUGCUUCGUUGCAUGUGAAGCGCUGUCAGUUCGCGCACGAUCAGUGUCGCAAUACGCCGCGUUAUCAGUUCAGCGGUCAGAAUAUUGGUUACUUUUGGAUUGGUCGUGAAUUCAAAUCACAUGCGAAGCGUAUUAAAUCGUUUAUUUUGGAUUGGUUUCGAGAGUUUCGCAUUGCCAAUCAAUCAUACAUUGAUCAAUACAGACCACAUCCGGAAGGCAAAAAAAUCGGUCACUUCACCAUGCUGGUAGCUGAUCGUGCGCAUCGUGUGGGCUGUGCGGCUAUACGCUAUCGCGAUCCGAGUGAUAUUAAUUUUAUGAAAUUGCUGAUGACAUGCAAUUAUGACUAUACAAAUAUACUAGGAGAACCCGUCUAUCAAAGCGGUCUUGCGGCGAGCAAAUGUGUUUAUAAGAUAAGUGAGAAAUAUCCUUCGCUCUGUGAUUGGAAGGAUGCGGUUUACGAUUAUAGCAGUGAGGAGAGUGUAGAAGUGGAUAAUGGCAAUGAACUUGAUAGUAACUUUAUAAAUUAAGUUGACUUAUUUAUUACUUACUUUUGUAUAUAUGUAUAUUUAUGUUUAAAUAUAAUAUUAAGAAUUAGUU